GAUUAUAGGUUACAAUUUACAGGACAGCGUACACAAUUUCUUUAUCUUGUAAAUUAAUUUCAAUAUUAGGUCUCUUACCUAUAAUCUCUUCGAUUUAUUCAAUUCCAAUAUCAGUUCUCUUUCCUAGAAUCUCUUCGAUAUAUUCAAUUGCAAUACGUAACGAAGGUAACACAGUAACGAAGGUAAUUAUAGAAGGUAAUUCAAACAUAAUAAGGAGAACGAAGGUAACAUGUUCUAAGGUAACACAGUAACGAAGGUAAUUAUAGAAGGCAAUUCAAACAUAAUAACGAAGGUUCUGUAAGCGAUGGGUGCUCAGGACAAAGACAAGACAGACGACGUGGUUCGCCUGUUCGUGAAGGCGGGAGUUGAUGGAGAGCGCAUGGGAGCUUGUCCCUUCUGCCAACGCGUCUACAUGGUCAUGAUGGUCAAAGCUCAGCACGGGCUGCUCAAGUUCCAGGUUAUAGCGUGCAGCCCAGCGAAGCCUCCUGACGAGCUGACGAAGCUUGGCCUCAAGCAUCUCCCGGCCAUCGUCCACCUCGACGAAGGCUUUGACGCCGAAGACGACAUCGUGCAGUACAUCGAUGACACGUUCCCUGGUGGAGGCUUGGUAUACGACAGUCCAGAAGCUGAGAUCGCUUGUAAGGAUUUCUUCUCGAAGUUUUGCUUCUUCAUUAAAGCUGUCAAUCAAGACUCGUCUAAACUAGAUCACGCUCUUGAAAAGCUUGACGCCUUUUUGGAGGCCGCCACUCCCCCUUGCAGUCCUCUCGCGUCUUCACCCCCACCCCCAAAGUCCCCAACUACACCGUCAUCUCCGGCCCUAACCGCUAAAAAUUUGUCGUCCUUAUCGGGAUCAACCGCUUCUUCCUUUGCGUCGCCUGCUCCUUCUUUUCGUUCGUCUGUAGGUUCCUCCAAUUCUCCAGUGCCUUCAUCUGGUCCUUCUUCACCUCUGCCAGCUGGGAAGUCCGUCUCAAGAACACCAGCUGCUUACCUUCCCACCACCAGCACCAACUGGCCCGUGGUGAACACCUCGUCCUCGAAACUGUUCGGCGGCUCGACUGACAGCGGCGCAGAGUCUCUUUGUUCUGAGAGUAACGAGUUGCAGUGGUUGACAGGCCCUGGUCUGAGUCACUUGGACUGCGUUGUGCUGCCUAAGCUGCAGCAUCUCAGAGUCGCCGCUGCCGCCCUCAAGGCGUACCAGAUCCCCACGCGCUUCAGAGGCCUCUGGCGGUACCUGCACAACGCCUACAACAAUCCUGUGUUCGCCCAGACGUGCCCGUGUGACCAGGAGAUCGUGCUGCACUGGCAUGACCGCCUCGAGACAAAGAAAAUGUCGCACAAAAAACACGCUGAACUCGCUAAGGAAAAACCGAAGUUUUCCUUCGAUGUCCCGGUCAGAGCUUCGGUUGUCACUGUUGUGGAGGUCGACUAGAAUUUGGUAACAAACCUCUAUUGAUUUACAUUCAACUGUAAAAUCUAAAUUUAAUUAUUUCUCAGCUUAUCCUAUUUUGUAUUCUCUGUAAUUGAAUAACUAAGCAUUAUCUUAAUCCUUUCUUAACCAUAUCUUUAUCAUCAAUGCCUUUAGAUUUUGUACAUAUAUUCAGCUCUUUCUUAGGUCUAAUUUCAGGUCUUUCUCUUCGUUGAUUAGGUAUAUUUUCCUAGGAGUCGUGGCUUGAAAAAUGUUUGAUAUUAUUUCUAGAGAUGGUUCAAUCAGAAAUGUUUCAAUUAUUUUGCAUUUUCAUGAGCCAUACUGUCUUAAGCAGGCUGCAAAUGAGACCCGAAUAUUGAGUGGUAAUUUUCAGCCAAAACUUGUACGACUUUUACUAAGCAUAAUUUUUUGAGAGGCUUUUGAAUCCGGACGAAAAUUCUAAGUUCCUUGUUGAUUGUGCCGUUGGGUCCCUCAGUUCUAUACCGUGUAUAUUGGUGCCUCAAGAUUGUAUUUAGACUGUACUUAAAUUGCUAAAUAUUUACAGAGUACCUAGGUAAUUUUAUUAGAGGCUUUUGAAUCCAGAAAAAUUCUAACUUCCUUGUUUAUUAUGCAUUUGGAUCCCUCAGUUCUAAGCCAUGUAUAUUGGUGCUUCUUGUAUUUAGACUGUCUUCAAAUUACUUAAUUUUUAUGGAGCAUAAUUUUAUAAGAGGCUCUUGAGUCCGGACGGAAAUUCUAAGCUCUUUGUUGGUUAUGCAUUUGGACCCCUCAGUUCUAAGCCAUGUAUAUUGGUACUUCUUGUAUUUAGACUGUUCCCAAAUUGCUAAAAAAACUGAGCAGAGCACCAUGUCUUAUCGUUGCAUUUAUUGCAUAAUGUAAGUCGAUUUUUUUCCGGUAACUCGUGCUUUUCUUGUUAAUUUUUCUUUUGCACUUGAAUUGUAUUCGAGAAAGCAACUACCUAAGAUCAAAAUGUCUGAAUAAGCCUCUGCUAAAUGAAAUAAUGGAGUCUACUUUGAUUUAAAUGGGGAUCUAUAAUUAGUGUUUCUUAAAGGAUCAGUACUCCCGUAUAAAAUCAUGAUAAUUGCUUCGUGAAAUCUCAUUCCUGUCAGUCAAAACGAUUGCUUCGUGAAAGCUCUCUUAAUCCCUGCACAAUCAUGAUUAUUGCUUCGUGAAAGCUCAUUUCGUUCCUGCACAAUCACAAAGAUUGCUUCGUGAAAGCUCAUUUCUUACUUGCACAACCACAACUAUUGUUUCGUGAAGCUCAUUUAAACCCUGUCAAUCAAAACUAUUUCUUCGUGAAAGCUCACUUUAUUCCCGCACAAUCAUUAUGAUUGCUUCGUGAAGCUCAUUUCUUCCCUGCAUAAUCAAAAUGAUUACUUCAUUUCUUUCAUAUUGAAUUGUUUCUCUGCGAACCCUUCCUUCUCCGUUGGACCAUCGGGAGUUUCACCACCAGUCGAUGUAGGUUUAGUACGAAGUGUCUCUUAAAUUGAUUAAAGGACUUGUUCCCAACUUAUUUGAUCGUUAAUAAUCAGUACAAAAAUCCACUAUUUAUAAUAAUAUAAUGACAAAAGUCUUAGAUUUUGUUAAGAUGAAAUUAUUAUCAAAUAAGGCCCGGAAAAAACUAGUGCUCAUGAGGUCUUAGGAAGUUGCUAUUGCCGUACUUAACCUCCAUAAAUAUUAAUUAUUCUACAUAUCGCUUCCUCGAAGAAGCGAAUUUCGCAUCAUAAUUUUGUUCAACUGUUGAGAAGCUUCUAAAAUUGCCUGUAAAUUGGUUUACGCCACGAAAAGGACAUGUUAAAUCCAAGCACUGUUUUAGACACGGGAGAAUCGUUAAUUAUUGUUUCGUUCUUUAUUAAUUUAUUUCAAUGUCAUUUGGAAUCCUUUUGAUCAUAAUAGUAGUGGACUUCAUUUUGUUUGACGCUAGUCACGUAUUUUUAAGAACUUUGAAAUGUGGUGUAAUUGGCGUUGAAAAACCAUAUUAAAGAAAUAAUUGCAAAUUGUUUCUUGGGUUCCAAUUCGCCAUUUAUUCAUAGGCAGACGAUCCCAAUUAGACGGCUGACUUCUGAUCAAUCUCCAUUCGAUAUGCUUUGAAUUUUUUAUUUUUACAAUCAUUCACUAAAAAUACAGAAGCCAAGUUUUAUUCCAUUGCUUGCAAAAUUUCAUUUGGGUAGAAUUUACUACUGGAUUAUUUUUGCUCCAUUAAAACCACUGCGACUUCUCUUGCCGUUUGUCACGUUUUAUUUUUUAAUAAAGACUAACA